CCGGGUUUGGGCCGUGUGGGCUGGGCUGGGACGGGACGGGACCGCACUCCUUUAUCGCCAAAGCCCGGGCCGCUCUUCCCAUACACGCGGACCUUGGUCAGGGCAGAAGCGGCUCAGACAGUUGUGCCCAGCCUGCCCCAGGGAUGGAGUCCCUCCCUGAAGCAGUCCUGAUCCGAAUCCUGGCCUCCAUACCCGCGGUGGAGCUGGUGCUCGUGUGCCGCCUGGUCUGCUGCCAGUGGAAGAACCUGGUUGAUGGAGCUGCACUUUGGAUCCUGAAGUGUCAGCAGGAAGGCCUCAUCAGAGCAGAGUCAGAUGCAGAAAACUGGCAAAACUUCUACUUCCUGAGUAAGAAAAGGAAGAAUCUCAUCAAGAACCCAUGUGGUGAAGAAGACUUGGAGCACUGGGGAGAGGUAGAGAAUGGAGGUGAUGGCUGGAAAAUUGAAGAGCUCCCAGGGGACUUUGGAAAAGAAUUUCCUAGUGAAGAAGUCCAUAAAUACUUUGUUACAUCUUAUGAGUGGUGUCGAAAGGCUCAGGUCAUUGACCUCAGGGCUGAGGGCUACUGGGAAGAACUGAUGGAUACAACCCAGCCUAAAAUCAUGGUAAGAGACUGGUAUGCAGGACGCAGUGAUGCUGGCUGCCUCUAUGAGCUGUGUGUGAAGCUGCUCUCUGAGAACGAGGAUGUGCUGGCUGAGUACAAAAGUGAGACUGUCACCAUCCCACAGGAUAAUGAUGCCAGCUGGACUGAGAUCUGCCACACCUUUUCCAGCUAUGGUCCUGGGGUCCGUUUUGUGCGCUUUGAACACGGUGGGCAGGACACGCUGUUCUGGAAGGGCUGGUAUGGUGUCCGUGUCACCAACAGCAGUGUGACAGUGGAGCCAUAGCUAUGCUUAUCCAGGAUCUGCAUGCUGGAGCUGACUUCCCUCAGGGCAUCCCCAAGCCUUUGGAUGGUUUCUGCAUGGUGCUGCCUCUGGCUAUAGAGCAUAGGGCCUGUCUGCAUAGGAACACGUGUGCAAGGUGCCAGGAGCCACCACCCAGCCUUCCUCAAGAGGAACUAUGCAAAGAACGUGAAUGAAUUUGUGAAUGCACCACAAGACUCAGCAUCACCACUUGCACUGAUGUUCUCCAUCAUACAGGAGAUCACCUAAAAAUCCUGCAGAUCUCCCCUCUUAAGUCUCUAAUCCUCUCAUCAGGUAUCUCUCCUGCCUGCUUCCCUGACUUGGGCACUCCUUAACUUGAAGGGAUACUUUAAGUAUAUUUUCUGGAAGUCAGAGUGGGAAGAAAAGAAUAAAGAAAACCACAGACCCUGUGUCUCAAAACAUACCAGGGAAACCCAGAGCCCUGUCCCCAGCUGUUUCCAUGAUCUGCAGUGAGAACCUCGGGUUCUCCCAUUCAUAAACAGGUAACAUUGUUUACCACAGAGGGGCUCUAGCUUGGCUGUCAAUGCUAUUAGUUAAAUUUUUAGUGAUAAUGCAAAGCAAGAGAGAUUGAAAUCCUUUUCUCUUACACUGUUCCCAGCAUCUGUUUAUCAAGGAAAGUGCUGGGAAGAGGAACCUGUCUGAUGUCCAACCCUAGGGCUUCAUUUGUCUCCCUCAGAUAGAUGGCAUCUGAGAUUAAUUGAUGGGGUAGAGAGAGAGAUAAAAACAACUUAAGGAAAUGGGUUAGGAAAAAAUUUGGGAUAGGAUCCAGGAAUAAAUGAAAAACGCAUUUAACCCUUUCUGGCCUCUGUGUGCUUCAUGUAACAAUUCCUCAUGUAACAAG